AUGUUCAUAGCUUGGUUCGUUUCUGAAUUUCAGAACAGAACGGGGGAAAAUAAUUCGACUUAUUCCGAACAACCGAUAGACCAACUGCUAGAAGCGAAAUUUAAUGCCGCGGCGUCGAGACUACCGGCUUUUCGAUUGCAGCUGGAUCGAAAAACAGGUCUUAAGUUCUACGGAUUGUACAAGCAGGCUAUCCUGGGACCAGCAAAUGCGAAAGAGGGACCAUAUUGGUAUGAGACAGAAGCCCGAACGAAGUUCAAUGCAUGGCUUGCUAAUGGAAAGAUGAGUAGAGGAACAGCAAUGCAAAAGUAUUGUGACAUGUUGUCAAUAUUAGAUAAAGAUUGGGAUCCGAACGCUGAAACUCAAAAACAGACAUGGGACAAAGUACCAAGCACAAUGGGGGUUAUAGAGCCAGAAAUGUUCGAUGAAUUCGUGGCUCCAAAACCGACUCGGCUGGAGACUGACACUGAGAAGUCGUGGUUCGCCGCAAUGAGAGUGAAUGAUGUUGCCACAAUGAAGCAACUCCUGGAUGAAGAUCCAAAUAUUCUUGAGGCCAAAGACCAACAUUUAGCUAUGACGGCACUAUUGUGGGCGGCUGAUCUUGGUUGUGACCCUGUCAUUAAAUUUCUCAUCGAUCAUGGAGCGGAUGUGAAUGCCGUAGAUGGGUGUCUUCAGACUGCAUUACACUUCACUGCUCAGUGCCAUCGUCCACUUCUUGCUGAAAUUCUUAUUCAAGCCGGUGCCGAUAAAAGUGCACUUGAUGCUGAUGGUUUAACACCUGCUGACUGUUGCGAUGAUGCGGAACUCCGUGAAAAACUGACUCCAUGA